UUUUCGAUUCAAGCAAACAGUCUUGCUUCAUACACGAUUCGAAAACUACGGUUGUACACGUAAUAUUAAAUAUUCAUCUUUUAUAAAUAAAAAGGAAUAUUCUAGUGUAUUGUCGGGUAACGAAAAUGGAUCUAAAAAAGGAUAUACGACUAUUAAUUCUCAGUAUUUUUAUUUGUAAACUUCGUGGCGCUACUGGAGAAGAAGAUUAUGGAAGCUGUCAAACGGCAAAUGGGCUAUUGGGUGAUUGCAAAUUACUGCAAUCAUGUACAGAACUAUAUAACAUAGCUAUGAAAUCUGACUUGGAAGAUCACGAGAUAAUGCUUUUAAGGAACAGUAGAUGCGGUUCAUCCGGUAAAAGUAUAUUGGUUUGCUGUCCUAAGCCUGCUGCAACUCCAACAAACGAUCUUUCUAACUCAGAUUGCGAAACCCCGGAUGGAAGAGAGGGCAAAUGCAUAUCCAUACGCGAGUGUGGUUCCUUAUUACCUUUGAUCAAAGACAAUUUAUCUACAAAUGAACAAAAUUUCAUAACCAGAAGCGUGUGCGGACAAAAUGGUUAUCGGGUAUGCUGCCCUGAUCCUGCACCAAGUAAUCGAGGAGAUUUACCUUCGCCUUCGAAAUGUGGAAAAAUUCGAUUAACAGAACGCAUUUUUGGAGGAACUGCGACAGAUAUUGAUGAAUUCCCUUGGACUGUACUACUUAUAUACUACAAAGGUGCACAAAAUGAAGUUGGCUUUCAUUGUGGUGGCAGUCUCAUCAAUGACCGUUACGUUUUGACAGCAGGACAUUGCGUUAGCAAGCGUGUACUUCCAGCUAGUUGGCGUCUCUCUGGGGUUCGAUUGGGUGAAUGGAAUUUGGAAACGCAAACAGAUUGCCAAAUCGAUAGCCAAGGCAAUUCACUUUGCUCAGAUCAAUAUGUAGAUGCUGCAAUCGAGGAAGAAAUUUGCCACCCAUUGUACAAUGUAAGAUCACAAGAAAAUGACAUAGCCCUGCUAAGGCUUCAAGAAAAAGUCAACUUCAACAGCUUCAUUUUGCCAAUUUGCUUGCCAUUAAAUGCGGAUACGUUACAAAGUAAUUUUGAAAAUGUUACUAUGGAGAUUUCUGGUUGGGGAGCAACCGAAACCGCUAGUAGUAGUAAGAUGAAGCUUAAAGCAUUGGUAAGAGGUCAAAACAUUGAAAAAUGCAAAGUUAAGUAUCGUACUUAUACAAGAAUUGAAUUGGGCAAUAAACAAAUGUGUGCUGGUGGAGAGAAAAGUAUCGACACCUGUCGUGGCGACUCCGGUGGACCAUUAAUGCUUACACAACUGAAUAAUGGAAAAGAUGCAUAUUAUUUGGCUGGCGUGGUUUCUUUUGGCCCGACACCUUGUGGCCAAGAAGGGUUUCCUGGUGUAUAUACCCGAGUUGAUUCUUUUGUAAAUUGGAUACAAAAUACGAUUAAAAAAUAAAAAACUUAAUAAAACGAUUUAAAUUAAAAAUGAUUUUUGGGGCCUUGGCGGUCUUUUUCGAUAUGUGCCAAGCCAAAAAAGUAAAAUAUGUAAAUAUGUUUAUAAUAUAGAUAUCUUUAUAGCAUGAAACAAUAA